CAAUAAAAGCAAAGUUACCUCUUUCCCUUUUCUCGGGUAAAUCUUUCCACAAUUCUCAUGAGGUUCUGACAUCAGCAAAGCCAUCUUUUUGAGUUUCCUAACAUGGAAGUUAGAAAAAAAAAAUCCUUGCAAUCCAGACACAGUCAAGUUGAACCAUCAGAAAGUAGUGGCUUAUAUUUCAUUGUCUUGUAAUGUUUUCAUUCAAUCCAUCAAAAACAACGCAAUACAAAAUGAGGUAACCUUUCCCAUUUUCAUCUUGUUGUUUUCCCCAUUUCCCCUCUUCUUGUUUCCAUGGAUUAUCCUCCCCUAUUAAUUGCUGAAUGAGCCAAAUCCACUCCCUUCUUCUCCUGCUUUCUUGUCAAAUUAGACACCACAUUUUGCCUGAGUUUCUUCUUUGCCUCUGUUUCCAUCUACCCUUAGGGUCUACAUCCAUACCAAACUCUCCACAGACCGCCCUCAUUGUUGAAUAUACCAAACACCGGUGUCCCGACCAUGUCCUUAAUCAAAAGGCCAGGUAUCAAACUGUCCAUUUCUAAUCUUUAGGCAGCUCUCUAUCGCUAUUUUCUUGUGUUUGUAGGACAUACCAAUGUUUGUCACCUAAUAGACACUAUGAUGUUUGCAGUCUCAAAUCUUAGCUGCAAGUUGGAAGACAAUUCCAUGUGCUCUUCAUAAUCCAUAUCCCAACUCCAUUUGCCUCUUCACCACUCGAAAGACUUCAAGAAAGAAGAACAAAGCAAUUCUCACCUAUAUAUACACACACUAAUUCUCUUCUCUAAAUCACAAACCCAGAUCUUUAUUCAGGGCUGAAAAUCACCCACUAAAGCCAAAAAUCAAAACAACCCACAAAAUCAAAAUCCUCAAGAUACAUACCAUGGGAUUCCGUCUGAUAAACAGCCCAAGGAAAUCAUCAUCGACUGUUCCAAAGGGGUUUUUGGCUGUCUACGUUGGAGAGACACAAAAGAGACGACAUGUGAUACCGAUUUCUUACUUGAAGCAUCCAUCGUUUCAAGAUUUGUUGAGUAAAGCUGAAGAAGAGUUCGGAUUCGAUCAUCCAAUGGGGGGAUUGACAAUCCCUUGUAAUGAAGAUGUAUUCUUUGAAGUCACUUCUCGCUUGGCUAAUUGUUGAAGAUUAGAAACUGAAAAAAAAAAAAAAAAACCACCCAACAAUAGAUAGAAUAUGGAUGACAAUUUUGUACAGUAGAAAUUUCGAUUUGUUUCCUUCCUCCUCGUCUUUGAAGAGGAUUUGCGAAAGGGAAAUUGUAGAUUCGCUUGAGAUGAGCAAUAAUCAAAUUAACACAAUGAUGAUUCGUCCUUCUGAUCA